CCCUGAUUUCCUCCUCCAGAUUGUCGGGCUGCACGGGAUUCCUUCUGGGCUGUGCGGGAUUCAAUCUGAGGCUGUGAUUCCCCAUUGCCCACUCCCCUGUCCUCACUCCUGUCUGUUGCCACUCAUAAAAGUCACCAUGCUUCAGAACCAAAAGAAUCCACGGUGCUUAUACGAUCAGUGCUUUCAGACCUGCAGUGAGAUCCAAGAUAUGGAAGUUGUACAGGUCUCCAAGGCUCUGGAAGAGACCCAUCUCUCCUCUUAUCCUGUGAUGCCUGGCAGUUCAGAGGAGGCUCCUGAUGCUGGUCAACCCAGUACCCCUGAGAGUCAUCAGAGUUUCUGCUCAUCUUCCAUUGCCAUCACAACCACCUCAUCAAGUGAAUUGAAUGAGGGCUCCAGGAGCCAAGAAGAGGAUAGCACCUCAUGGGCUGGGCCUGACCCCAGGAAUGUGCCCAUAGAUGCUCUAGAUAAGAAGGUGAUUUCGUUGGUCAAUUUCAUGCUGUUCAAGUAUCACAUGAAAGAGCCAGUGACAAAGGCAGACAUGAAGAUUGUCAUCAAAGAGUAUGAAGACCACUUCACUGAGAUCUUCCUGAGAGCCUCUGAGCACAUGGAGAUGGUCUUUGGCCUUGAUGUGAAGAGAGUGGAUCCCAUCAACCACUGCUAUGGCCUCUUCAUCAAAUUGGGCCUCACCUAUGAUGGGGUGCUGGAUGGUGAAGAGGGCAUGCCCAAGACCGGCAUCCUGAUCUUUAUCCUGGGUGUGAUCUUCAUGAAGGGCAACAGUGCCACUGAAGAGGAGGUCUGGGAAGCGCUGAAUUUGACGGGGAUAUAUGCUGGGAGGAAGCACGCCAUCUUUGGGGAGCCCAGGAAGCUCAUCACCAAAGAUUUCGUCAAGGAAAAGUACCUGGAGUACCGGCAGGUGGCCAACAGGGAUCCCGCACAGUUUGAAUUCCUGUGGGGCCCGAGAGCCCACGCUGAAACCACCAAGAUGAAAGUCCUGGAGAUGCUGGCCAAGUUUCACGGGACUGACCCGAGUUCUUUCCCAUCUCAGUAUGAGGAGGCUUUGCAAGAUGAAGAAGAGAGAGCCCGAGCCAGAAUUUCAGCCAGGUCUGUCUCUGCUUCUGUGGCCACUGCAAGUUCUCGUGCCAAGUCCAUUCAUUUCUCUUUGUCCUAGAGAAGCCGGAGGCAGGUUUUGCACUUUGUGUUUGUAAAAGGGCAGUUAGUGUUCAUAGAAUUUAGGUCUGAGUUGGGGCUGAAAGGAACACACUGUAUGUGCUUAUGUGUUCCUAUAUUAUUGUGUAACUUGAAAAUUUAUUCUUUUUUAACAUAUGUAUUUGUUCAAAUAUUGUUUCUUUAAUGUAGAUUUAAUUAGCUUCAGCUUCACAAAGUUUAUGAAUGACAUUGGUCACAUAUUUAAUACUAUAAUGAAUUUUAUUUUAUUUUUUAAAUGAUUUAUUUAUUUUUUUGAGAGAG